GUUGUAGCUUCAUUCCUUCCUUCACUUAAUACUCCACAGGAAAAGUAGACCAUCGUAUGUGUUGUUGUGUUUGCGUUUGACGUGGUUUUCCCGGCGACAUCUUUCUUCCGAGUUUCCUCAUAGCUCUAGCUGAACCUCAUCUCAUCAUCUCGCUCAAAACCAUCUUUCUCCGUCUCCGACACCAAUACCACAAUCUCAACAACAACCACCUACUUCUUCUCCCUUAUCGCCUAAUCAUUCUAUCUUCUAAUUUCCUUGUCGGAAACUUUCACUUUCAUCCGUCUGUUUUCCCUCGUGCCAUUCCAACAUGUCUGCAGAACCUGAUCACGCUAAGCACAAGGUCAACUUGACCGACCCCUCGGGUGCAGAAAAACAUGAGGAGCUUGACACAUCCACAGCCAUUCUAAAAAAGAAGAAAAAGCCAAACACCUUACUUGUUACUGAUGCUGUUAACGAUGACAACUCAAUCAUUGCGCUUUCCAACAACACCAUGGAAACACUCCAGCUGUUCCGUGGUGACACCGUCCUGGUCAAGGGGAAAAUGCGAAGAGAUACUGUUCUGAUUGUCUUGGCUGAUGAUGACCUGAUGAUGGGAGCGCUCGUGUAA